UUGGUGGUUUCUCUUCGCAGUCGGUUUUCUCACCUGUGGCUGCUCGGCUGAAAAUUCCCCUCACCUUGUUUCUUGAAGUCUUGCAGAGCACAGUUGUGACCGUUUGUCAUUUGGCCAGCAGAAAGCAAGAUGCCUGGACAAGAGAAAGUUGAGAUGCAGUGGAUGCCACGGCCGGAGGAAUCCGCGCCGUCCAAUUGCCCACAAGGGCUGGAGUACCUGCUGUUGAUCGACCAGCUUCUUGUCCACCAGAAAAUUGAACUGCUGGAGCUAAUGACCGGCUUCGAGACUGAGAAUAAGUACGUCGUGAAGAAUUCAUUAGGCCAACAGGUGUAUUACGCCAAAGAAGUUUCGGACUGUGCUACACGUCAGUGCUGCGGACCCAACCGUCCGUUUCAGAUGCAGAUCACCGACAACGCCGGCAAGGAAGUGAUGAGACUGGACCGUCCCUUCCGCUGUGGAUUUCAGUGCUGUUGUGAAACGCAGCGGCCUUUCCUGGAAGUGCAAGCGCCGCCGGGCAAUCCCAUUGGAUACGUGAAGUCCGAGGCUUGCGCCUGUGUCUGGCCCACUUUCUUGCUUCUGGAUUUGAAUAUGCAGCCAAUUCUACGCAUUCACACUCCUUGCUGUGGCGUCGGAUGCUGUGACUGUUCGCCAAAGUAUCCGGUGAGAUCUAUGGAUGGCCAGGACGUCGGUCUCAUCCAGAAGCAGUGGUCAGGAUUGACAAAGGAGAUGUUCACCGACGCGGACAACUUUGGCGUCAGUUUCCCCAUGGACCUGGACGUCAAGAUGAAGGGCGUCAUGCUGGGAGCACUCUUUCUUAUCGACUUCUUGUUCUUCGAAACCCAAAAGCAAAACCACUAGGGUGCAGUGGGUCAGUAGCCAGAGUAUCUGUUGCUUGUUUGUCAACAUCCACCCAAGGAAAUACACCAAGGAUACACUGGCACUGAGAUGGGAGGUCGCUGCUAACGCAUACAAGAGUGUAAGCCAGGGCCUUGACUUUUCUUUCCAAUUUCAGUCGCUUCGUCAAGUAUUUUGUUGGUAGGUCCGGGACAACGAAUUGAGCUUUAAGAAUCUCUCUGUCUGUCCCCCCCCCCCCCUCUCUCUCUAUAUAUCUAUCUAUCUUUCUGUUUCUCUCUCUCUCUCUGAUCACUUGCUGUCUUGGUCUGUCUCAUUUUGUUUUUAUCCCCCAUACAUUAGGUCAUUGCACACAUCUUAGAUUUUUGUUUUGUUUCAGUGCUAGUUCCUGGCAACGCUAGACAAUAGUGAGUCGGGAAAAGUAGACGUGACGUGUCAGGGUGCUGCUGUGCACACAUGGUGUGUGUGUGUGUGUGUGUGUGUGUGUGUGCGCGCGCGCGCGCGUGCAUGUGUGUGUGUGUAUGCGCAUGUCCGGGUGUGUGAGGGUGUACGUGUGUAUGGCAUGCUGUUGCUGUCACGGGCCAAGACAUUACAUUUCAACCAGCUAGUACUGUGUUCUGUAUAUAACCUAUACAGACUGCUGAUAUUGUCCAACGCUACCUACCUUCUUUGUCCUCUCCUCUCUUCCUCUUUCUCCAUCCUUUUUCUCUCACUCUGCUUGUUUAGGCUCUAAUUAGGAAUGGACUUGCCCUUGUUUCUCGUUUUUUUCUCUUCAUGUUCCUCUCUCAGCUUUUCUUAGCCUCUUUUUUCUUCUUAUGAUAGGAUAGGUCAUUGGGAUAGGUCAUUGCUCUUUGAAUCAAGCGUUACUACGGUUGUAGUUGUUGCGAUUUUUGUAGCCUUCACAAUGCCGCCCUAGUAACACUGCCGCCCUAGUAACACUGCGGCUUGUGUGUCUGCUGGCUUCUGGAGAAAACAUUGGUGAACACGGAACUUGUUGCCACGUCUGA